UAUAAACGAAUAAUGUUUCUGGCUUUGAGCUACACAGUUAGCAAUUACCAUUAUUGUGAUGUUGGAAAAGAUUUCGCUGACUGAUCAGAACGGAGAUUUCUGGGUGACGUGGGCAACACCGCGGCAAUUAAAGGACCUUCGAUCUGGAUCUCUCUCUAUAUUUGACGAACAAUGGAUAGUGGCUUUUCAUUACUUUCAACAACAUGCCGUUGAGCUUAACAAAUGGAUUAAAUUGUUGGAGAAACUAGCCGAGGAAUACGAGGAUCGGAUACAUAUUGCUAUGCGGGAUAUACACAGCAUAAAGAAUUUGAGUAGUGCCCUCGAUCCAGCGGAUUUUGGAAGUUAUCGCUCCGAUGUGCCACCUCGUGUCCUUGGGAUGGAGCAUAACAAUCGUAUUUAUGUCUUUCACAUGCUGUUUAAUCAAAAGUAUUUAAAGGAUUUCUGUGAUAAAUUGCUUGGGGGGCAAAUGUUUCAAGCGGAAGUGCUGGAACCGUCACCAAUUGUUCGUAAACCACGUAACUUCUUUGAUCUGGAAGACGAAAGGGAAACUGAUUAUCUGAUAAUGUUGUAUGAUCCUGCCUGUUACUAUUGGCCCCAACAGUUGGGCAUUUUACGCAAACUGACCAAGUUGCUGGCCAAUGAGAAAAUCCGUAUUGUCCUGAUAGACAAAUCGAAAAACUAUUUGGGCGUUCAAUUUACAGCCAGGUCUGAUUGGAGUAGAUGUUAUGGCUGUGUUGGAUUUGCUUCAUGGCGUGCAUCUGCUAUGCAUUUUAAUUUUAGCGGCAAGAAGGGGAGUACCCGAGAUUAUCUGAAGUUAAUAUGCAAGAAUAUACGACCCGAACUCAAGGGUUAUGAUGCUAAGGGCGAGCCAAGGGCACCCGAUCAGGCAUUGAAUGACAUACGCCUCCUAUUCACCCAAAACCAAGAAGAAGUUUAAUAAUAAAAAAAACAUUAGAGAUCUCA